GGAGCCUAUCCAGUUUGCAUAUGAUAAGGUAUUGAACACCCCGGCGGGGUGACGACGCUGCGUUGCCAAACAAAAAGUACCAUUUCCGCAUGAAAUUGGAGCGAGAUGUUAUGACCCCUAUACGUUUGACAUUAACACCAAUUAUCCCCGUACAAUGGAGCGCAUCCAGGCCAUUCGCCAAGAACUGACAGCCGCUGAAGUCGUCAAAGGCCUUGCUGUCGCCUUGGUCCUCAGUCACUUUCUCGCGCCAUGGACGUACACAAAAUCGACUCCAACCCAGGUCUCGCCCUCGUCAACAGUCUGGGCACAAGCAUUCAAGGCCGGCUCCUUCUUCUCACUCUUCUUGGCGGCGAGGUCUUGGCUCGCACUUGUGAACACAUAUGUUCCUGAACCGUAUCUCGAUGAAGUGUUUCAUAUUCCCCAGGCCCAGGCCUACUGCGAGGGUCGAUUCUGGGACUGGGAUGACAAGAUCACCACCCCGCCAGGCCUAUACUUGCUCUCUGUGGCUUACCAUAAGCUGUUGAUGUUGGCGAAAUGCACUACCUCCAGCCUACGGCACAACAACCUUCUCGCAACCCUGGUGACUGCUUUGCUCGCAUCGCAAUGCCGCCAGUUGAUCGAGCAUCGGACUGCGGAGCGGGAGGGCAAGGAAGGUUCAGGGAACCUUUCAUUCUACUCAUACCAUACAGGUGUGAACAUUGCCUUGUUUCCCGUCAUCUUCUUCUUCUCGGCGCUGUACUACACGGAUGUUGUCUCGACCGUGGUGGUCCUCGCUGCCUACCGGAACCAUCUUCUACGCCUGGCACCGCAACCUCCUAGUGCCGCCAACGACUUUUGGACAGUAAUCUUGGGCGUUUCCGCGCUCUUCAUGCGCCAGACCAACGUCUUCUGGGUAGUCGUGUACAUGGGCGGGUUGGAAGCGGUCCAUGUCCUGCGGUCUGCAAAGCUGGCUGCUCAGGGGUCCCUCGCGAAGGUUCAUGAUCCGAUUCUUCGCCAGUCUGGCCUAGAGGACUGGCUGUUCUGUGCUUUGACCAUUGCUGUUGCCGCUCUGCGCAACCCAUGUAGGAUACUCCGACAAAUAUGGCCACAUAUCACCAUCCUCGCGCUGUUUGCCGGGUUCGUGGCUUGGAAUGGGGGAGUUGUCCUGGGAGACAAGUCAAACCAUAUCGCCACUAUCCAUCUCGCCCAAAUGCUUUACGUCUGGCCGCUCUUCGCCUUCUUCUCGGCGCCGCUCCUCAUCCCAUCCUUUAUAUCAGCACUCACCCGCCCUAUCCGGUGCCUCCGACGUCUGCUCUCGGUCCAGACCCGGCGAGCGGCCCUCUUCUCCCUCCCAUACACCUUCUUCACAACGCUCGUCUCCUUUGCCGUUGUCAAAUACAAUACUAUCAUUCACCCAUUCACCCUGGCCGACAACAGACACUACAUGUUCUACAUCUUCCGCUACACCAUCCUGCGCUCCCCAACCAUCCGCCUGGCCCUCGUGCCAGCCCACACCCUCUGCCGCUGGCUCAUGUGGGACCAGCUCGCCGGGACCAGCCAUGCCACCAACCCACCCACACCAUCCGCACCGACAACGAAACCGCCAACCGUACGCGACGACACCAACCAGCACCCAGUUGCCCCCGCAACAACAACCGCCGGAUCCCUGGCCUUCCUCGACGAGGACCCAGCUUCCUCCACCUCUCCACCAACAUCCACCGCCCUCCUCUGGCUCCUCACGACCGCGCUCUCACUCGUCACCGCACCCUUGGUCGAACCACGGUAUUUCAUCCUCCCCUGGGUCUUCUACCGCCUGCUGCUACCCUCAUGGUCAGUUAGCGACUCUAUCGGAGAUGCGACACCAGCUACCUCCGGAGCAGGGCGUAGUCCGGCAGCGGCGGCCUGGCUGUGGAAGGUAGGGCGGAGAAUCGACGUGCGGCUUGUUCUGGAGACAAGUUGGUUCUUAGUGCUGAAUGCUGGGACGAUGUACAUGUUUUUGUCUAGGCCCUUUUACUGGCGGGAUGGGGAGGGGAGGUUGCUUGAUGGGGGCCGGGUGCAGAGAUUUAUGUGGUAGACUCCGAAUGGUGAAGGAUCACGGGGAUGCGUUUCUGCGGGAUGGUGGGCUUUCCCUCUUCUUACUUCGUCGUUAUUCGUGUGUCGCUACUCCGUAGCCGGUUACAUUCGUAUUCAUUGGCGGUCUUGGAACGUGGUAGAGAAAGUGUUGGUCCGACGGUUGCGCAUGGUCGAUAGGAGACGAGGAGGCUGUGAGACCGCUUUGUAUGUACGUGUACUUUCGUCGGGCAUAUCUAAGUGAUA